UGGUCCAGCUUGCAUGCAGAGACCCAACCCUUUUGGAUUUCCUAAUCCGAAGAAAAUAUCUGAAGAUUGCCUGACACUCAACGUUUUUGUUCCCGAUACCCCUGGCGUCAAAGCUGUAAUGGUCUGGAUUCAUGGCGGAGGCUACUACACAGGGGGCAGUUUUCACUAUGAUUUCACCGAAUUCGCUGCAAGAGGCGACAUUAUCGUUGUGUCAUUGAAUUAUCGCCUGGGGCCAUUUGGUUUCCUGAGUAUAGAUGGCGCUAAUGCACCUGGAAAUCUGGGACUGUGGGAUCAGAUUGAGGGCCUGAAGUGGGUACAAAACAACAUUGGAGCCUUUGGUGGUGACCCUAAAAAGGUUACUACAUUCGGGGAAUCUGCCGGGGGUAGCAGUAUCUCUCAGCUUGCUCUUACCGCAAAAGCCAAAGGCCUCUUUCACCGUUUCAUUCCUCAGAGCGGGUCCGCCUGGGCAGACUGGACGUGGUCGACGGAAAAAGCUGCAACACUCUCUCUAAGGAUUGGCGACAUUCUAGGCUGCCACGCCGGGGAAACAGAGAGGUCAAAACUCCUCGACUGUCUGCGAAAAACAACAGCUGAACGAUUUCUAGACGCGAGUAUCGUUGCUACCAUAGGUGUCCCUGGCACCCUCCAUUACAGCGCUGAGGUCGACGGCGAUAUGUUUCCAGAAUCCUUAUCAGACAUGUUUAAAAAACCUGAUUCUGAACUCAUACAGCACUUUCGUUCUCUGGACUGUUUGGGAGGUUUCACUGACGGAGACGGGGCGAUAUUGAUCCAUGACAUCGAUAACGGGAUCACCCCUGCAGAAUUACGAGACAAGUUUAUCCCUGAUGUGGCGAAGCAUGUCGCACCUGGCCACAAAGCCGAAAUUGAGAACGUUCUGGUGAAGGAAUACUACAACAACGCAGCUAAUCGAUAUGACACUGCUAACCGCUACGUCGACAUCUUGACGGACUGGGAUUUAGCAGGACCGAUGGCAAUUCUGACAGAUAAACACGUGUCACCAGGUGGUGGCUCUACAUACCUGUACUACCUCACAAAGGCACCUUCAUUUGGCUACGUUUUGAAAUUCCCUCCUUGGUUCGAUCGGUCCAACCACGGAGACGACAUUUCGUAUCUCCUUGGUCCAGAUCACCCCACAAUGUUUGAUGACGGCGUCGAGUUUGAUGACGGUGACAAGAGGAUUUCUUACGAAAUGAUGAAGUAUUGGGCAAACUUUGCUAAAACAGGGGAUCCUAACAAACCAGACAUUCCCACCACGACCUGGCCACCAUACACAUCAGACAAGAAAGAAUACAUCGAGUUAGGUGACGUCACCAAGUCUGCUUCUAACGUCAUACCAAGUCGUUGGAAGCUGUGGGUGACCACCAUCCCGGAGAUCCAGGCGUCCCCCGUGGUCUCUAAAGCUCGCGGACGCUGUCCCCCGUAUCUUUGUCAUUGUUGCGGGUACGAUGUCUGCCUGGACGACAAGUAUCUGAACUAAAAGCAAACAAAAUGUAAUGUAAAGAGAACAUAACCCUUUCCUAAAGGACGUUCAGUUGGACUCUAAGGGAAGCCUACAGGUCUCUAUCGGACAUCCUCUGAUUCCUGUACAACAUGUUUAAUUUUACUAAUGUUAUUGGAUUUGCUAUAAAUAAGAUGUUUUAAUGCUGAAUAAGAAGCUCAAAUAUUGUCAUGUUGAACUUCUGUCUUCGACGUUUAAUUUGAUUUGGCGGUAAUAUCCUGGUUAGUAGAACUUUAAUAUUGUAAUAUGUUUGAGCUGGUUAUUUGGAAUUAAAGGGCCGCGUCGUUCCGAAUCCACGCAGACAUUGGGUUCUUUGCCGCAUUUUAUGAUAGAGGUUCAACUGAUGCAAUUUACAGGCGCCAUUUUUUUCAAAAUAACCUCUUUUCUUUGUACGA